AUGCCAAACGAAGCCUUGCAGAAGGUUCUGCAAGAAAUCAGCCAGAAAAAGGCCUUCGCAGAGCAACAGCUAGUCGUCGUUCGACAGCAAAAAGCGGCGCGAACACGUGAGAGUCGGAUGCUGCAGUUGACCGCAUCCGAGGUCACCUCACUGCCUACCGACACGAAAGUAUACGAAGGCGUGGGAAAGAUGUUUGUUUGCACACCCAUUCCAGACGUGCAGAAGAGGCUGAAAGAGGAGGGCGAGGCGUUGACCAAAGAGAUGUCAAAUCUCGAUAAGAAGGAGGACUACCUAGAGAAAACGUACACGAACAGCAAGAACAGCCUUGAGCAGGUACUACAGCGUGCAGGCUAGGCUAAGGAGGUGGAGUGAGAGGGAGAAGUUGGAACCUGAUGUGGACGAAUUACCCUAGUCAAUCAUAAUGAUCGUUCGGUCUCACCUUGAGUUUGACUGGAAAAUAGCAAUCCAUCACAUCCAUAAGGGGACAUCAAACGCCCC